CCCCUCCGGUAUCCCGGUCCUGGCGACCGGGCCCUGCCCCUGCCCGGUUCCACCGGUCAUACAAAUCGACACAGGCAGCAGGGAGAGGCCGCGGCGCUUGGCGAUGCACAAGCCACAGCAUAGCGGCGCGAGGGGAGAGGAGAGCCGCGGCCGCGGCCGCCUCUCCAGGGCUAACGCGCGGAAGGGCAUUGGGCACGGGCAGCCACCGCGCCGCUCGCGUCCACGUGAACCCCACCGCGCCGCUCGCGUCCACGUGAACCCCACCGCCGCCACCACCCGCCGCGGCACGCCCCACCCACAAAAACCCAACCGCCCACCACCCAUACCCAGCCGCGCCUUAUCCUCCACCGCCGCCGCCGCCCCCUCCCCCCAACUACUCGUCCUCACCCGCACCCGUAGUCGCCGCCCGCCCCCAGAUCUAGAUCUGAGCCUCCCGUGACCAGACGAUGGCCGACGAGCCUCCGCCACCGGCGCUAGCGAGGAAGAGCGCGCCGGCGCAGCCGUGGUCGCACGUGGAGACCAUGCACCUCAUCGACGCGUACGAGGAGCGCUGGACGGCGCUGCGCCGCGGCCAGCUCAAGGCGCACCAGUGGGAGGAGGUGGCGACCGAGGUCGCCGCCCGUUGCGCCGCCAACCCGGGGGUCAUCGCUCAGCGCAAGACGGGCACGCAGUGCCGGCACAAGCUCGAGAAGCUCCGCAAGCGCUACCGCACCGAGGGCGCCCGCCCCGUCACCUCGCUCUGGCCCUACUUCCGCCGCAUGGAUCGCCUCGAACGGGGGGCCCUCGCAGCCUACCCGGCCGCGGCUAGCUCGCCGCCUGCCGCCGACGGCGACGAAGAGGAGGACGAGGAAGACGUGCAGGAGGAGGAAGAAGUGGAAGAGCUCGUCCCCCGCAACAACACCCGGAGCAUCAACGGCAUCAUCCGGGAAUUCGGCACCGGCCUCGCCCCGCGCCACCCGCAGCUGCAGCUCCACCCGCCGCCUUCUUCCAUCACGCCGUCCACCGCUCCCCCCCGCAAGAGGGUGGCCUACGAGGCAUUCCAGGCCAAGGACGAGGCCGUGGCCGUGGAGAUGACCCGCCGCGGCGGCUCUGGGUGGGCUGUCGCGCAGCUCUCGGUUGUGGUGAGGGAUUUCGGCGAGGGUGUCAUGCGGCUGGAGCGGCGGCGCAUGGAGGUGCAGUGGGAGAUCGAGCGCGGGUGGCAGGAGGCGGACGCCCGCCACGCCAGGAUGCUCAAGGACGCGUUGCGCCAGUUCCGCGACACUGCCGCCGCCGCCGCCUGCGUCUUGCCGCCGAAGAAGGCCAGGAGAGACCAUGGAGACUCGUAGUAAUAGGCUAAUAGCGAUUGAUUUGAUCCUGAUGCUGAUGGUGAUGCUAGCAGGGAAGGCAUCCCCAUCCACCCCAAUUGGAUGUUCCUCCCUCUUCUGUCCAUGUCGUAUAUGAAUAUGAGUGGUAGUACAGUACUGAUUUGCAGCAGCAUUAUGUUCAUUUGUGACCUCAUUUAUGUUAAGCUUGCGUUGCGUUAUGGUGAA